UCGCCGUAUGGAAAGCGAGGUUUGUCACCGUUGGUUUGCUGUCCGACAAACCCGGGGAAGAGAACGUAAGUGGUUCAGUCAUUGAGACGUCCGGUGUUAUUGCUGGCUGCGGUUCGCCGCGCUUGGCCGCCCUCAGAACGCGAUGGAGCCGCUUUACAAGCACGGUAUCCAAAUGGCUGAGUUUCUGCAGCAAACUCUCGGUGGCUUUGAAAAGAGUAUGCUCUUUAUGAGUUGGAUCGGGGAUCCCAGAACCUCUUUUUUUAUUUACUUCCCUGUAACGUACUACCUCAACAGAAAGAUUGGGAUUUCAGUGUUGUGGAUCACUGUACUUACUGAAUGGUUGAACUUAGUAUUUAAAUGGUUGCUGUUUGGUGAGCGUCCAUUUUGGUGGAUUCAUGAAUCGGGGGUCUAUAGUAAGCACCAGAUGCCAAAGUUACAGCAAUUUUUCUGCUCCUGUGAAACUGGUCCAGGCAGUCCGUCAGGCCAUGCGAUGAUCACAGCUGCAGCUUGGUGGCUUAUGAUGACCAGUUUUUCUACAUUCAUUUACAAUCGCACUAGGAGCACACUGGCAAGGAACAUUCCUGUAGUAUUGUAUAUCGCUCUGCUGCUGACAAUUGGCAUCUCCAGAAUAUUUAUUUUGGCUCAUUUUCCACAUCAAGUACUUGCUGGAAUAAUUACAGGUGCUGUACUUGGUUUUCUGCUAGGCCAACGUAUACCCGAGAAUUUGAAAUUAAUUCAAUACGUUGUGACCUCAGUUGUAUUGCUGCUCAGUGCUAUGUGCCUGUACUGGGGAUUGCAUUACUUUGGAGUCAAUGUUGCCUGGACAAUUUUGCUUGCUACCAAGUGGUGUGCCAAUCCUGAAUGGAUCCGACUGGACACUAGGCCGUUCUCCUCACUAAGCAGGGAUGCAGGGGCAAUCCUCGGACUUGGCAUUGGACUCUCCUCACCGUUGUAUGCAAGUACACUGGGAUGGAAGAUGACAUGGAAGAUGAAAGUAGUCUGCAUUGCUCUCUGUGAGCUCAUCAUUGAGAUAAUGGAUCAAGUCCCGAUGCCGAAGUACUCCACUAUUCUGUUUUAUGUUCUGUGUUACCUGAAGAAUGCAUUUGUUCCCAUUCUGGUGACUGCCAUUAUGCCCUGGCUGGUCCAUUCCAUUUUUCAAAUUCAGCCAACUAAGAAACAACAGUAACAACCAAAAAAAGUAUUUUAAAAUGCUUUUUGCCUUCUCCUGAUGCACUAUUAGUACUAAUAUACAUCACUCAAGACCACCUCAAUAUUGUAUGCUCAUCUGAAUCAAAGCUGUGAAACUUUUGAGAGUGUGGAUGGUCCUUACAUUGAGCUAUACUGUUUAGUGAUAUGCACUGCAGAUGUGUCUAACUUCUAGCUCCCCUUCUACAGCUCUAAGUUUCCAUAACCAGAGAAGCAACUACCUGACUACUACCCUUCAUAUAUGAUGUGUCAACUUAGUUAACUAAGACAUACAGUACUGUACAAGUCUUGGGUGUGUCUGGUCCACCAGGCAAAGUGUCAUUUGAUUUUAGACAAUUAGUUUAUUGAUCAUUACAGAAUGUCUCUCUGGUGUUUCCCACUCCCUCCCCUCUCCCUUCCCCUUUUUUCCAACCAUGAUUCCCCUCUUGCUGCCCCCUUUCCACUCAGCCCACAAUGGAGACCCAUAUCAGAAUCAGGUUUAUCAUCACUCACAUAUGUCAUGAAAUUCAUUUUUUUUGUGUGGCAGCUGUACAGUGCAAUACAUAAUACUACUACAGUACUGUGCAAAAUUCUUAGGCACCCUAGUUAUAUAUAUGUGCCCAAAACUUGUACUGUAGGUCAAUUUUGGCCCUUCCAUUGUUCAAAUGCAUUGUUGACUUUCCCCUCCUUCUGCUAAUUAUUUCCAACUUCCCUGUUCUGCUGACUUUUCUGCCCAUAUUUCUGGCUAUUCUUCCUAGUCCCUCUAUAACUUGAUCUCACUUUAUCAAGUCAGAAAACAGGCCCUUCAGCCCAACUCAUAAUGUCUCUCAGAAUAAUUUAUUUGCCUGUACAUACAGUAGCCACUUAAUUAGGUACAGGAGUGAACCCGGUGUGGUCUUCUGCUGCUAUAGCCCGUCCAUCUAACAUGUUGUGCAUUCAGAGAUGCUCUUAACACCACUGUUGUAAUGUGUGGUUAUUUGAGUGACUGUCACCUUCCUGUUAGCUUGAACCAGUCUGGCCAUUCUCUGACCUCUCUCAUUGCCUCUACAACCUCCUCUGGUAGCUCAUUCCAACAAUCCACCAACCUCUGUGUUUUAAAAAUUGCCCCUUUAGUUUUCCUUUUAAUUACUUCCCCUGUCACCUUAAAUGUAUACCCUGUAGAUUAGACUGUCCUAGACUGGGGUAAAAAAGACUCUGCUCCUCAUGAUUUUAUAUACGGUAAAGUCACCCCCUCAGCCCCAUACACUCCAAGAAAAAAGGAAAAAACAGCCUAUCCAGCCCUUCAGUCCUGGCUGGUAACAUCCUCAAGAAUCUUUUCUGCAUCCUUUAUGUUAUGGCUACCAUAUAAAAUUUUCCAGUGUCUCCUUGAUCUAGAGGCAAUCAUAAGCUUACAUUUAAAAUUAAAAUGUUAGGAUGAUACCAUUGUCACUUCAUCUGAAUUUUCCAGGUUCUGUUCAUAUCUUCAAUUUUGUUAGGUGUAAGGUGGUUAUUGGGUUGUAACAGAAAUAGAUUAGGUGCAGCAAAGAUCUACAAACAUCAGAGAAGGAAAACAAAACACUCAUUGUGUCUUAAGAUGGAUAAGCCUUUUUAAGACACAAUUCUUAAAAGAGUGAUCCUAGUUCUAGGUUCUCCUUUGAGGAAGCAUCCUCUCCAUAUCCACCCUGUCAACUACACUCAGGACCUUAUUUGUUUUUAUCAAGUCCCCUCUGAUUCUUCUUCAUAACAGUUAAUGCAAGUCUAACUUGUCCAACAUUUCCUCAUAAGACAACCUGCUCAUUCCAGAUGUUAUUCUAUAAGACAUAGAAGCAGAAUUUGACCAUUUGGCUCAUCGAGUCUGCUCUGCCAUUCUAUCGUGGCAGAUUCAUUAUUCCUCUCCUGCCUUUUCUCCAUAACCUUUGAUGCCCUGACUAAUCAAGAACCUGUUAACCUCCACUUUAAAUAUACUUAAACACUUGGCUUUUACAGCCAUCUGUGGCACUGAAUUCCACAGAUUCACAAGCAUCACACACAAAAUUCUGGAGGAACUCAGAAGGCCAGGCAGCAUCUAUGGAAAAGAGCACAGUCGAUGUUUUGGACUGAAACCCCACUCUUGGCCUUUCAAUAUUUGAUGAGUCUCGAUGAGAUCCCCUCAUUCUUCUAAACUCCAGUGAGUACAGGCCCAGCGCCUCAUACAUUAACCCUUUCAUUAAACCUUUGUUAACCCCUUCGACUAAAACCUCUGAACUGCUUCCAAAGCAUUGACAUCCAUACUAAAACCAAAAAAAACAAUUUUGUUCAAUGUAUUGUAGAUGUGAUCAUACCAUUCCUCCCCACAUUUCUAUUCAGUUCCCUUACCUAUAAAUAAUGAUAUAAUUUCCAAAUAAUUUGCUGUAUCUGCCUAUCUGUUGUUUUGUGGAUCAUGCCCUAAGAUACUCUGGUUCUUCUGCAUUUAAAGUCUCCCAUUGUUAAAGUAAAUGUCUUUAUUUUUGUAUUUUCCCUGCCAAAAUGGGCAACUUCAUAUUUUCUCAUAUAAUCCAUCUGCCAGCUUUUUGUGCACUGAACCUGUCUAUAUCUCCUUUGUCCUCUUCAUGACUUGUAUUCAUAUGUACCAUUAUAUCAUUGGCAAACUUAACAAUCACAUCUUAAACUCUAGAAGGAAUGGUAGUAUCACACCACUUGAUAUCUCUUGGAAGUAUAGUACAUUCACUGGUAUCCACAGAACAUGUUACUCUCUAAAGAACCUGAAUAAAUUGUUCAAACAAAAUUUCCCAUUCGCAAAACCAUGUAGAUUUUACCUGAUGACCUUGAAUUUUUCUAAGUUUCCCUGUGAUAGAUAUUAAAUAGACUCAAACCCUCGGUGAGAUAGGGAGAUGUCUAUCCCAGCAUGUGAAGACAGACUCCGGCGGAUUGAGCGGACGAGACCAAUGGAAGAUCCAACGGUCAAGAAGGCGGUCUCUGCAAGCGUCGUGGAACGUGUAGAGCACGACAAGACAGAGAAGACGUCCUGGUCAUCCACUGCGCCUAGUACCAUCUCCAGCUGUCUCGACUCUGUCUUGCCACUGGAUCCAGAUGGGAAUUGGGUAGAGAGAGUGAGGCUGACGCUGCACAACUCUCCCUCACUUAAAUCCAAAUCAUGCGCGAGUCUCGACACCAUCAAUGGUGUUGAGGUCUUCAUCAACGACGACGGACAAACUUUAAAUAGACUGGCCAGUAAAGUCCUGUUUUCUAUCUUCCUUUUUGAAUUUAAAUUGCUUGUGCUCGUUUUCAAAGUAUCAUUCAGUCACAUGGAAUUGAAUUUGCUUGUAAGGUUAAAUAUUGGUGAUCAUAGUAUUUUUAGAUGUUAUUACUGUAUCAAAGUCCUCUCAUGUUUGUAGGACUUUUUUCCCCAAUGAUUGAUAUACCUAUUAUUUAUUUUAGGUGUUAUUAAUAGACUAUAAUGGAGUUUAUUCGCUGCUUAUUGUAAUUUUCUCUAAUUCUGCUUGCAAAACUAAUAGUUGCAGGAAAUUAAAAACAAAAGGAAAAUGAUUACAUUAAUUUUAAUGUGAUAAAUCCACUAAUAAGAAAUUAGAUGGUGUAUUUCCUUUUUUUAGAAACAGCUAACCACAUAAAAUAUGAUUUCAUUGCCAGCAGACCAUACAAGCAAUCAUUCCUGGGUGAAAUCACACCAAAUGUGAAAUUGUAAUUUUUUUUUUAAGCCAGAGUGUGAUGAAUCUGUGGAGUUCAUUGUCAUUGGGUAUUUUUAAAGCAGAGGUUAAUAGGUUCUUGAUUAUAAAGGGUUUCAAAGGUUACAGGGAAAAGGCAGAAGAGUGAUGUUGAAAGGUAUAAUAUGUAAAUCAGAUAUGAUUGAAUGGUGGAGCAGUCUUGAUGAGCUGAAUGGCCUAAUUUUACUCCUAUGCCUCAUGUACUGGGUGCUUCCAAAUGUCAUCCACAAUAAGGCACUUAACCUUUUUUCCCAGAGACAGAUGUGACAUCACUCUUUGUAUAGUGUAUUUCCCAACUUGUCCCGACUUGUCCUAACACAUUGGAACUUAAAGCUCCACACUAUGUCUGUCAUGAAGUAGUCCCAGUAGAACUGGGAAAAAAUUGGACUAUAGGGACAUUCCAAAGUCUAUGCGAACAGUGAGUGCAGCAUUUACCUUGAAGAUGUCAACUCAUUGCAGCAUGCCAUUAUUGUUAUGGCAAUAAAUGGCUACUUUUCAGAGCAAGAGGCACAAAUGUGCCCAUUUGUGAAGAGUCUAUACAUGCAGAGUUAAAGAAGAGUCACGUCCUACCUGUAUCCCUCUGAUGUAGGCUCCAAUAGUCCAGCACUGUCAUUGAGAUACAUGACUUUAGAAAGACAUUCAGUCAUACUCUCCCACCCAGACUGCUCCCUGUAUGGAGCUCAAGGUUACUUUGAAUCUUAUCUACCUCACUAUGGGAUCUUAUCAAGCAGCCACAGCAAAUCUUUGUCUUGUUUCCUAAUUUGCUGCUCACUGCUACAUCAGUAUUCAUAAAGAAAUAAUUUUGUCAACUUUUAAUUGCAACUGGGAUUUUGGAGCACAGCACAAGUCCUUUGGGCACAAUGUUGUGCCGUCCUUUUAACAUUCUCAGCUAUCAACCUUUCCAAUAGCUUUUGCUUUCAUCCAUGUGCCUAUCUAAGAAUUUCUUAAAUGUCCCCAAUGUAUCUGACUCUACCACCACCCCUGGCAUCUCAUGCACUUGUCACUCUCUGGGUAAAGAACUUCCCUUUGACAUCUCCCCUAUACCUUCCACCAGUCACCCUAAAAAAUAUGUUCUCCAGUAUUAGCCGUUGCCACUCUAGGAUUUUCCAUCACUGCCGCUUUCCAACAAGUGCAGGCAUCUACUGACCACACUCGUCUGUUCAUAGUGCACCCAUUGAGAACACAAACAUUACCAAGAGAAAAAGAUUUCCACCCUCUUAUUAUGGUUGUUGUGAAUCACGAAAAGAAUUUCUUCAUGGUGAAGCAACAUACAUCAAAGUUGCUGGUGAAUGCAGCAGGCCAAGCAGCAUCUAUAGGAAGAGGCGCAGUCGACGUUUCAGGCCGAGACCCUUCUUCAUGGUGAAUGCUAUGUUUCUGGAAAGCACGCUUGACUUCACCAUCCUACGUUUUCAGUGCUGGUGAUGGAGGGAUGAAUCCCAGCACACAAGAGCUACCCUCUAAUUCCAAGGCUGCUCACAGCAGUACACUCUGCUACGACAGAAGCUGAGCACAGAUACAAGAGCCAAGCAGGAACCUGGGCAAAGAUGAAACUUCGUUGCCUGCAUUGGUCCACGUUUGUAAUGUAGUAUGCAGCAAAGAGAUGUAGAGACUGUUGUACGCCAUGUGCUGUACAAUCUUGCAUGAAGAAGAGCAACAAGGAGAGCUGGACCCUGAGGGCAAUGAGCUGAAACCUACAGGACAACAUAAGCAUGGAAAGGAGGGGGGAAAAAGAAAGGUGUUGGGGUAUAUCCUUUCCCAGUAUUUCCAGCCUUGUCUUCCAGCUCAGCACAGAAGGGAAGCACAUGGAGUACAGCUUAUAAGGGAGUUUGUGAUGGUGAUGCUCCUUAAGAUUUUAUAAAAGGGAGGGCCUCAAUGGAACCAAGUGCCCAUCUUUGUACCCCAACUAUCAGGGGAGCCCAGGUCACACAAAAUAUCACUCACACCCAGCUUUGCAGGUACACUGCAAUGAGCAGAACCCAAAAUCAUAAAAUGCUGGAAACACUCAGCAGGUCCAGCAGCAUCUGUGGAAAGAGAAACAUUUGAUGUUUCAGGUUCAGGCUUUUUGUAGAACUGAUUUUCACACAUAACGAAUUGUUUCUCUGGUUACUUAAAUAGCCUGUGUUGUUGUGGAUAUUGAGUGGCACUUGGUUUAACAACUCAGGACCUCUAUAAUAAAAAAACUAUGAGGAUUCCCUCUCUGUAUAUCUUAUUUAUUUUAUUUAGAGAUACAGCACCGUAACACGGCCUUCUGCCCAAUUACACCCAUGUGACCAAUCAACCUUCUACCCUGUACAUCAUUGGGAUGUGGGAGGAAAGCAGGGCACCCAGAGGAAAACCACACGGUCACGGGUAGAACAUACAUACUCCUUACAGACAGCAGCAGGAAUUGAACCUGAGUCGCUGGUGCUACAGUGCAGCGAUCCCCAACCACCAAAGUAUGUGCUACCGGGCCACGAGGAAACGAUAUGAGUCAGCUGCACCUUUCCUCAUUCCCUAUCUCGCACUGUUGAACUUGAACAUAGGGUUGCCAACCAUCCCGUAUUUGCCGGGACAUCCCGUAUAUUGGGCUAAAUUGGUUUGUCCCGUAUUUCCCCCGCUGAGGCAGAGCGUACCUAUGAAAACUUUUGUGCCAAAAUGGCGUGAAGCGAAAAAGCAAUUACCAUUAAUUUAUAUGGGAAAAAUUUUUGAGUGUUCCCAGACCCAAAAAACAACCUAACAAAUCAUACCAAAUAACACAUAAAAUGGAAAAUAACACUAACAUAUAGUAAAAGCAGGAAUAAUAUGAUAAAUACACAGCCUAUAUAAAGUAGAAAUAACAUACAUACAGUAUAGUUAUAGUUGAGAAGAUUAAGCCAAAACCAAUUUGUGGGGGAAAAAAAUCGGCACGUACGCGCAUGCACACACAGGUGCCCAUGCAAGGCUUCAUAGUCAUGGUAGUUUUACAGGGUAAACCCAAGUGUCCCGUAUUUGACUGUUACUUUUGUCCCUUAUUUGGGAGUGCGAAAGUUGGCAACCCUAACUGUAAGAGACAUGUUGAGGUGAGUUUAACCCUACUUGAACAUCCCCCCCCCCCCGGGUUGGCCAGUCCGCGGUGCAAAAAAGGUUGGGGAUUGCUGCUAUAGUGGCGUUACGCUAACCAUUUGGCUAUCAUGCCACCCAUGUCUAAGCAAUGACAGCCUGACAUAUCUUGUGAGGAUAUGAACUUUCUUUCCUGCAUCAUCCCUGCUGGAAACGACUGUAGCUGCUCCUACUAGGCUCUUCCUACAUAGAUAUCGUGAUCUCUUUGCCACACAGGAUUACCCUCCUGGCAAAUCUUUCAUUGACUGUGAAUGACAUUGUCCUUUGAAGUGAAAGUGGGAGUGUCUCCCUCUCACCCGAGUCAUUGUGGCCUCUAUGGCAACCAUGAUGUGUUACUGGUGUGUGGCUCUCAUAGAUACUGUAAAAUUGAGGGGUGAUCCCCAUUUUAUAUUUCUGCACAGCAAAGGGUCAGGAGCUGGGAUAAACUGAAGGGUCAGGUAGGAAUCAUGCAAAUCUCAAUUUAGUGCUUGCUUCUGCUUGUAAACCCCUAAUUUUGCUUCAAAGUAUUUUGGACAGUUUCACACUUGUUGCAAUGGAUAGAUUUGGCGCAAGGAGUGUUUUAGCAUCAAAAUUGAUGGGAUCCAAUUUCGAAGCAGAUACAUGCAAAGACCAUAAGACAUAGGAGCAGAAUUAAGCCAUCCAACCUGUCAUGUCUGCUCCGCCGAAUACAAAAGUAUUCAUCCUCCUGUGACAUUUCUUUAAAGUUUCUACAAACAUACAGUAUACAGUUAGUUAGCCUGAACAGAUUUGCAAUGGAAUAUUAAAUAUGCUAUUCCUACAAAUAUAAGGUCAGGGUACAUUGGCCACAGACCAGAUGCAAAUCCAAACUCUGCAAUAAAAUUGUGCAGACACAGCAUAUGUUGAAUAAAUUGCAGUGCAGUGCAAAAAGGAAGCAAAAAGUCUUCAUUACAUAAGACAUAGAAUAUGCCAGUACAGCACAGGAACAGACCCUUUAGCCCAUGAGGUUUGUGUCAAGCAGGAUGUCAAAUUAAACUAAUUCUCUUCUGUCUGUACACAAUCCAUAUCCCCCAUUCCCUGCAUAUUCGCGCAUCUAUCUAAAAGCCUCAUAAAUGGCACUAUCUGGCAGCCUGUUCCACACAGCUAUCACACUUUAUGUAAAAAAAAUACCAUGCAUAUCUUCCUUAAACUUCCCCCAUUACAUUUUAAAUGCAAGUCCUCUAGUUCAUGAGAUUACUACCCUGAAAAAAGAAUUUGACUGUCAAUGCCUCUCAUGAUUUUAUAAAUCUCUAUCUGAUUUUAGUAUUUCAUAUUCCUUACAUUGACAGAUUUGGUUAACAUUAUCAGUGAUUAUUGUUUUAGUCUGCAGAUCAGAACAGUUAAAUUGCAUUCAGUAUUGACUAAAUAAGGAGGUUUUACUGUAUUCUACAAGAGGUAUACACAUUAUGUUUCUGUAUCACUGGAAGUUUGUGCUGAUGUGAAUUACAAAUUGCUAUAUUAUGUCAAUUCUAUGGAAACAAAAUACCUGGAAAUGUCAUUUAAAAUUGCCACUCUAUUGUGGCCAUAUCUUAUUGAUGUAGAGUGUUCUAUAGGCAUUUCAAAAAGUAAUGUUUUUUUAAUCAAUUAUAUUCCCUGUUGUGAUCUCCUGGUGAGAUGCAAUUCCAUGUAAAGUAAAAA